AUGCCGUUAUCAGAUUUCAUCACUUCUCUUCAGGACAAUCCAUAUUUCGGAGCAGGAUUUGGCCUUGUGGGUGUUGGUGCUGGUUUAGCUGCUAUGAGAAAAGCUUCCAUGGUGGCAAUGAUUUUUUUUCGACGACAUUACAUGAUGACCUUAGAAGUGCCCUGCAGAGAUAAGAGUUAUCAGUGGUUGCUGCAAUGGAUAACACAAAAUGCCAAGCAUACCCAACACAUCAGUGUUGAAACAACUUUUAAACAGCAUGACACUGGGAAAAUUUCAACGUCGUUUGAUUUUGUUCCAAGUGUUGGAACUCAUUUCUUUUACUACAAUAAAACAUGGAUUAGAGUAGAGAGAAAUAGAGAGCAACAUACAUUAGACCUUCAUAUGGGUGUUCCAUGGGAAACCGUUACUUUGACUGCUUUAGGAAGAAACAAAGCUUUGUAUUUUCAAAUGCUAGAUGAAGCUAGAAGGUUAGCUUUAAAAAGAGAAGAAGGCAAAACUAUUAUUUAUACAGCUAUGGGCUCCGAAUGGAGACAGUUUGGCCAUCCUCGAAAGCGAAGGCCAAUAACAUCUGUUAUUUUGGAUGAAGGCCUUGCUGAGAAAAUACUUAAUGAUGUUCGAGAAUUCAUCAGUACACCCCAGUGGUACACAGAAAGAGGUAUUCCUUAUAGGCGAGGCUAUUUGCUAUAUGGUCCUGCUGGCUGUGGUAAAAGUAGUUUUAUCACUGCCCUAGCUGGAGAAUUAGAGUACAGCAUUUGUAUUUUGAACUUAAGUGAAAGAGGACUAUCAGAUGAUCGUUUGCAGCAUCUAAUGAGUGUUGCUCCCCAACAAAGUAUCAUUUUACUUGAAGAUAUCGAUGCUGCAUUUGUCAAAAGAGAAGAAGCUCCUGCAACAAAGGCUGCUUAUGAAGGUCUAAAUCGAGUAACAUUCAGUGGUCUAUUAAAUAUGUUGGAUGGAGUUGUAUCAGCUGAAGCUCGUAUACUUUUCAUGACAACAAAUUAUCUGGAAAGGUUAGAUGCUGCUUUAAUUCGCCCUGGUCGUGUGGAUGUGAAAGAAUAUGUAGGUUUUGCUUCUGAAUAUCAGCUAAGACAAAUGUUUCACAGGUUUUACCCUGAAAUGCCUAUUAGUUUGGCUGAGCAGUUCGCUGUGGAAGUGACUAAAACAAAUAAAAAUGUGAGCAUGGCUGGUGUCCAAGGCCUUUUUAUGUUUUAUAAGCAUGAUCCUAAAGGUUUAUUACAAAAUGUAGAUAAAAUUGGCCAAUUAUGAUGUAAUAUUUCAUAGACAAUUUAAGUGAAUUGAAGAUUUAUUUGCUCAAGGCACGUGUUUUAAUCAUUAUGAGACAUUUGAGGCUCUGAGAAGAAAAAGGAUGUAAGUGGACAUUUUCAAGUUUUGAGUAAAGCGACUUUAAAGAUAACAUAUUAGGUAGGCUUUCAUUGAAUUUUUUUGCGAAAACCAUGUGUACUGAUUAUCUCCAAAUUUUUAAUUUUGCCACUUGCAUCCUAUUUUUCUUUGAGACUCCAAGAUUACGCUUUUAGAGUUGAAAAGAAAUUGUUUUCCUUAGUGUUAAGUGAUUUGUCAACUUUUAAAGAACGUAAUGUGUGCAAAAUCUGGUAUACAGAACAUUUCUUGUUAUUAAAUUUGAGAUUUUUAUUGCCAACCCAGCCUUCUAGCUUGAAACUCGCUUGGUGUUGAUCUCAAUACUCCGAUGAAGAGUUUUUCCAAAUACUAUUUUUCAAGUUUUAAAAAGAAAAAUAAGUAAAUCAUUGAUGCAAAUAAAUAUAUUGUAAAAGAUAGAUAUAAAUUUAUGCAAUUAUAAUUAUUAUUUUUGAGAUACUUGUUUGCAAUGAAAAUUGACCUUCUGUAAAAUGAGUCUACCUAUGGGAAGGUGAGAAAAUGAAGCAAGUAACAAGCUACAAUCAAAUUCCGUUUUAGGGAUUUGAACACCUGUUACAGCAAAAAUAUCUUUUUAGCAAAGAUCUACAAUGGAACAAUGUCAACAUUCGUUCGAUCAGUAUAACAUAAUUUCAUUACUAAUAAAUAAUGUUGCUUGUUGCAUGGAAUUCGUUAAAAUGGGAUUUGACUACUAGAAAAAUGCUUAUGCAUUGUACUCAUGUUACUGCUAAUUAUUUAACAGUAAAUAUUUUAUGUUACGUGCAGAAUGUAUUUUUCUUAUUUUGGUUUUUACCAGUUCUAGUUAUUUUUUAUUUAAGAAAUACAUUCUUAGAACAGAAUAAAGUUGCCAUUGUGUCCAAUGUUUUUUUAGCUUUUAAGUUUUGUAAUAUCAAUGUAUGGAUUACCAAGCCAAUUCAAGGUAAUUUAUUGCCGGAAACACACUCUACUUAUUUGUUUGCAUUCCCUCCCCCCCUCCCUCAUAUGUAUUUCCUCAUUUUCAAAUAAUUUGAAAGCUUGCAUCAAUGCAAUGGUGGAUAACUAUUUUUUAUCAUUAGAAAAUCACAAUUGUCUACUUUCAGUGCUUGUAAAAUGGGGUUGUUUCCUUCAAUCAAAAGUACUACUUUUAGUCACUGAAAUUGAUAAAAUAAGCAAAAAAAAAACAGUAAA